AUGGGCCCGGCAGUUCCCAUCGCUUCGGAGGCCCCGGAUAUCCACGCGACAGAAGCUCGCAGCGGAGCCAAGGACGAAGGCACGGGUACUUCACUCUCAUAUCAGGUGACCAGCAUCUGCAAGGAGCUGGGUAUCCCGCUGCGUGGCCCGAAUCCAGGUGCAGAGGAGUUGGGCCAGGCAUGCAAGGCCCUGGGCCUGAAGUUGGAUCUUCCCAUGUUGGAGAGCAUCAAGCAGUGCAGGGAGAAGAUCGGCCAAGGCACCAUUCACCUCCAGGAGAAGUUGAAGCGUGUGCAAGGAGCUCUUCCAUCAGAUACGGCGGAAAAGGAGUGGAGCUGCACGGCAGAGUCGUUGAAGAAGGCUGCGAAGACAUGUGGAAUCUCCGUCGGAUGGCGCACCCGGGACGACUGGCAUACAGUCAUGGACUUUUGCUCGGAGUUUCUUGGGAAGGCAGGGAAGGAGAAGCAGACCGAGCUUGCCAGCGAGGUGCAGAGCCUUCGAGACGAGCUGCAGAUUCGGAGCGAAGAACUCGCCACAGACUUCGCUGUCGUGCGCGAGGCGUGUGGCAUUCUUGGGAAGCCCUUCAAGGCGAGCCGCGGUACCACGCUCCUUCAGCAGGCAAAGGAGCUCAACAGGUUUGUGGGCAGUGCCCUGCCUUCCUUCGAGAAGAGCAGUGCUUUCAGGCUUCCUUUGAUGAAGAAGGUCGAGGUGCUCGAGCAGUGGUCUGGCCUAAAUGUAGCCGGUGGCAAGACCCUCCCCGAUCGCUUGGUGCACGUUUGCAAAAAGGUGGGGCGAAAAGAAGACAAGCCCACCUUGCAUCAGCGGGCCGACCGUUACCUGGCUCAAUCAACCGCUGCUGGGAUAGAAGUCGAGGAGCGGAGGUUUCGGGCGGAUUGCACAGACUUCGAAGGCAAGUUUCAGGCGGACGGCAAGCUCGCGGAUUGGCUCUUGAAGUUGGAGGUACUCGACGAGAAGUACAAGCAUGCCGGAUGGCAGGAGUCCUUCAACCGAGUCCAAAGCCGUUUCAUGGAAGUCUUUACAGAUCUCAUCGAGGAGCUCAGCGCUGCAGCCAAGGACUCCUCUUAUGAAGACUUCUUCGACAAGCUCCCAGCUGCUUUGUUCAUCUCCGGCACAGCCAUCGGAGCCGGCGAGACCAAAGGCAGUGCCUGGCCUCACAAAGAGCUUCGGCAGCAGCUCCAGAGGCUUCGCAAAGCUUUGAACGAUGCCCAUAACGUUCUGGGUGGCCAAGACGCUGCGGCAGCAGAGAACGCAAAGAAUCUCUAUCGUCCAAUGAAGGCUGCUGCAGACAAGCAACCGACUUUGCAGGGUCUGUUUAAGGAUCUAUGUUUCGACUAUGAGGAGGAGUUCAAGAAGCAUGACAAGGAUGAGGCCUGGUUGAAGGAGCAGAUGAAGAAGCUGACCAUGGCCAGGGAGAGCAUCACGGAGGCGCUGAAGGAGGACACCCCGGGAGAGUUGGCGCGUCACUUGGAUGGCUUCUGGAGGUUGGCCGAAGACAUUCCGGAGCAGGCCUUCGACCAGAUGGAAGCGGUUCAUGCUGACUUGCUCCAGUACAUGCAGAGCAAGCGCUGCUGCCUCGACGAGCACAUCGACAAGGUAGAGCUGAAGGAGGCUUCAGACUGCCUGCUGCAGCUUGAGCGGGUGAGCGGGCUCCUUGAUGAAGGCUGGAGGCGAAAGGUGGAGUGCCUGGGGCAGCGCUUGACCACGCCCAUGGAGAAAGCGACCCAGAUCCUAUCUGAGCUUGCGAAGUUGGAGCAUUUGCGCGACGAGCUUUCCCCUAAAGCCAGGAGCAUCUUGCAGAGCAAGGUCGAGGAGUGGACGAAAUCAGGCUCAGACCAGUACUCCGACCUAGCUCAGCUCUUUGAUCAGUUUGCACACCUUUCCGGCCUCGGUAGGAAGAGCACCUCCCACAAGCUCCCACCGGAGUGGUGCAAGAAGGUGGUGGAGAGGCAACGCCGGCUGGAAGUUGAGUCUCGGAGGUCGUGGGAAGAUGGAGAGGUGCCUUUCAAGGUUCUGAGCGAGCUUGUAUCCAUGGAGGAGAGCCUUCGAAACCACAUCCCAGAGCUUGGAAGCAAGCGUGCUGAAUGGAAGACCUCUGUGAAGAAUGUAUUGAGGAGCAAUAGCGAGCUUGCCGAGCGCAGUUUGAAGAAGUGGCGCCAGGACAAGACAGGUGAGAUCCUUGUUGUCGACCUUGCCAAGUCCCUCAUCAAGUUGACCGAGCUCUUUUUGAACCUUCCUCGGAGUGCUUUCGAAGAUGCCAUGCAGGAUGCACAGAGCUAUGUCGCUAAGAUCUUGGAGGCGUGCUCAGAUUGCCCCCGGUUCUACGUCCUGAUCUGUAAGCUGGGGGAAGCCCUGCAAAGCGAGGGUUUGACGACUGCGGAUAGGACAACCGGCGCCUGGAUUUUCAAGCACUACCCGCAGUUCCGUGAGUGGCGAACAAGGGACUUCAAUCGGAGGGCCAUGACGAAGUCGAAGGCGGACAUCCUGAAGGAGUGGAGCCUGCCCCAGGCUGACCAAAAGGCACUCGACGAAGGAUACGACAUGUACAACACGGUCCACGACCAGAUCUUAGAUCGCUGGGAGAGCGGAACUUCACUUGAAGAGCUUGCAGCAGAAACGAUCGAACUGGCUCGCAGCAUGCAAUCGAGCUCUGCUAAAUGGACAAAAUCAUCAAAGCGGGUGGUGUGUCAACUUUUGGGUCAUGUUUCUGCGAUGUACAGCAUGACUACAUGCGGUGAUGCAUACAUGCACUUCAAGGAGAAUCCUGAGGCAGCCUUUGAUGGACAGGUGGAGGGCCGGCAGCUACUGAAGCGACUGCAUCCCAGCCAGGUGUUCGCCUGUCUUCGCUUGCUCGGCUGCAACAGUGCAGGAGAACUUCGCAGCCAUCUGAUGCAGGUGAGAACUGGCGAGGGCAAGUCCAUUAUUCUUGGUUGCCUUGCAUGUGUGCUCGGCCUGCUCGGGAAGAAAGUGAGUGUAGUCUGCUACUCCCUGUACUUGAGCCAGCGGGAUCAACAGGAAUUUCUCCAGCUCUUCGAGUUCUUUCAACUGCAAGACGUCAUUACCUAUGACACGAUCAUCGGCUAUGUUGAGAAGAAGGUUCCUGACAUGCGCCGGCACACAGAAAACCUCUUGUCCACGGAGGAGUGCAGCGACAGCACUUUGCCCGGAAGAAUUUCAGAGGACCCUGAGGAAGUCUUGCUUGUGGAUGAGGUGGACGUGUUCUUCGGCGAGGGCUUCCUUGGUGAUACCUUCAACCAAGUUGCCCAGGUGGAGGCUUACGACCUGCUGAAGCGUGUGUGGGAUCUGAGAGACUGCGACCCAAGCUGCUUGCCGGAAGAAGUGAAGAAGAGCGCGGAGUAUGGCAACUUGAAGCAGCGGCUGGGCUCUCAGUGGGAGUUCGUGGUCAAGGGCGAGGUUGAACGGAUGUGUGCGCAGCUUCAUGAGUUCCAGACUUCUGGUCAGCCGCAACCCUGCCACUUCGACGAAGACGAACAGAGGAUUGGCUAUCUCCAAAAUGACACCGUAAACUAUGACGUUUCCUUUGGCUACAUGACCAUUUUUGAAUACCUGAGGCUUAAUCAACAGGGUCGGCUCUGCGACGAUUCGCUGAAGAAAGUCUUGAAGCUUCAGGUCCUCUGUGCUCGGUAUUCCUAUGCGAAUUUUGGUCUUCCCAACACCAUCCUCGGUGUCUCCGGCACGGUGGGUGAUUUGACCGCUGACAAGCGCGAAAUUCUGCAAGAAACGUUCGGCAUUGAUCCCCACGAGCACAGCCUCAUGCCGUCGGUUUUCGGAGAGUCAAACCUGCGCUUUUUGGACAGCACUGGCCGGCCGAUCCUGAUCUGCGAUGACAAUGACCUUCACCUGGAGAUUGCCAAGGCCAUUAUCAAGCAGCUGGACGAGGGUCGGGCGGUGCUUGUCUUCUUUGAAGAUCAGAGGGCUCUUGACUCUUUCUUCGAGUCUGAGCAAUGCCGACAGCUUCGCUCGAAACUAGAGCGCCUGAGUGAGCUGACCUGUGCGGAUGAUCGGACCAAGAUCGUCUUCCACGCUGCGACUAAGGGGCACGUGACUCUCUGCACUUCUGCUUUCGGCCGUGGAACAGACUUCAUCAGCUCUGAUGUGCAGCUCAUUGACAACGGCGGCGUGCACGUGGUCCAGACGUUUUUUUCGGUGGAUAAGAGCGAGGAGACGCAAGUCAAGGGCCGCACUGCAAGGCAGGGUCAGCCUGGCAGUUACUCCAUGGUCCUCAGCAAGCAGCGCUUGCAGAAGCAAGGGAUGGAAAGCAUUCCGCAAGGAUCUCCGUCCGAGAUUUAUGAGGCCUUUGAGAAGUUCCGGGAGCUGCAAGGACGGGAGUGGAAGGUGCAGAUGGACCAAAAGCUACAGAGCGCGAAACAGUGGCACCAAACGACGCAGAAGUAUGGAAAGUCUGGAAGCCCGGAAGCCUUCAGGGCCCUGUACACAGCAUCGGUCGCGAGUGGACAGCGCAGGCGGAUCGUUUUUGUCGUUGAUGCUACCGGAUCUAUGGGCAGCUUGUGGGCCGGAGCUCGUCAAGCGAUCGAAACGGCCUUGUCCCGCCUCGAAGAGAUCGGUGGCGACUACGAGUUCAUGUGGAUUGCCUAUAGGGACUACUGUGAUGAAGACCUGAUGCAGAAGAGCUGUUGGACUGGCGACGCCGGCGAGUUGAAGCGGUUCAUGGAUGGUAUCGUUUGCUAUGGGGGAGGACGUAGGACAUUGGGGGAGGCGCUGGAGGUGGGAUUGGAGCAAGCCAGGCUCGAGCACGAGAAAGACCCCAUCUCAGGGGUCAUUGUGGUGGGCGACGAACCUGCCCGAGACGAGGUCACGCAGGAGGAAGACUUUGUGCAAGAGAUGCAAACUGACUUUCGCUUGGAGUCCCAGAAGCUCAGUGACCAGGGCAUCCCUGCUUUCUGUUUCCGGGUAGGCGACUGCCCUGAAACGAAGACGACCUUCGAGAUCAUUGCGGAGAUGACCGGCGGGGAGUUCCACGACCUGGACCCGCAGAGUGAAAGCUUGGUGCAAGCGAUCUGCACUUUCUCCUUGACGGCGGCGGGUGACACGGAGCUGCUGGCUGAGUACAAAAGGCGCUAUGAGAGUUGA